AAGCUGGCAGAGACGGCCGGAUGGCGAGCGAGGGGAGGGAUCAGGCUGUGAUAUCGCUUGAUAGUGACCGUUAGUUGUCCUGCCACUACUCCUGGUGGUGGGAGAGGCAUAGCUAUAACUUGCUAUAACUUGACUCUACAUGUAUACGCACGCUCAAUGACACUCUACACCUGCAUCACAUCCGUAAAUAUGCCAUCUCAUGCAUAAACGAGGUGUCUUUGCCUGCAUCGUCGCUUUUCAUCUCGAAAAAUGCAAUGAUUAGCUCAGCAUCUCGAAAAGGACAUAUAUGUUCAGGCUGUCCUUCCUUCCACCCCCUAGCUGCCCCUCCCCUUGCUCCCAAAUUCGCUGAUCAACUAGUUAGGUUACUCCGUAUUUAUGGCACGCCGUACGGAGCGGUCACCCUCUGCCUUCUUUGCUUGCCCCAAGGCAUGGUCAUUGUAUAGUAUUAGUGCUCCGAGAUGAUUCCGAUAUUCAGCUCCAGCAUGUCGACUCGAAAUCCCUGCAAGCCACAUCCGUCAUCCCGUCCUGUCUAUGAGGCAAGAGAGACGAUAACAUAUGUGGAUAAUAAGGACCCCCAGGCUCUGUUGAUCAUUGAUGAUCCUCAGCAUGCUUCAUAUACAACUCCACAUUUGAUAGCUGCCAUUUCCAGUUUACUGCUAAGCAGCGAAGUACAUAAGUAUCUGUCGAAAGAAUUCCAGGAUGUUAUGUAUACACCCCCUAUAGCAGGGACUUGAUAUCAGUCCCUAUACGAUAUAUUAGAUAUAUCAGCUAGCCCAUAUCUCCUAGAUCUUAAGAUCUUCUAGGACACGUAGAUCAAUAUUCUAGGUAGACUUGAUUUCAGGAGUAGGUACCAACUUAUAUAACAUGAUGAUCUUAUAGCUAUCAAAUGGGAAGUAUCAGAGUUGCAAAUACGUAUAAGAGAAUGGAGUAACUGGCCCGGAGGGUUAUAUAAUGGUAACUAUCAAGCAGUGCAACUCCCCAUUAUUAUUACUAGACUGAUUGUCUACCCUCAUGUUAGAAAUCAUGGUUUCUCCGUGAUGGAGCUGUAAUGAGACCCUGCUCGGGAUCCAAGACUACCCCUGAAUCAUUUAGCAGCUGCUGGAGAGAUUCCUCCAGGGAGUCAGUGGGGCCGCCGUUCACUCUUAUUCUAAUGUUUAAAUCCUUCUAAGGGUAAGGAAGAGAUAGUAAGUUUUAUUUCGAACCUGGAUGUAUUCACAGUGUAUACUUUUGUAAGGGCUAAUGUAACUCUAGUCUAGGACUCUCUGUGCAUCGUCUCAAUGGGUGACAUGAUUCAUGGAUUUCAUAAGAAUAGAAAUAUAAAAGUAAGCUUCCCUUUCACUUUGGGGGAGAGACUUCGCAUUGGUCCCAGUUGCCGUUGGACCUUGCGUAGGUCAAUCCAUUGAUAAAGUCAUCCAGCUUGCAUCGUCCAAGGAAGUCGGUGUGACAACCUUGAAGGGGGAUGACACGAUCGUUGAGCAAGACACGGACGUACUCUUGCUUAGCUGAUGGAGAGUGGUCACACACCAUCUUCUCAAAAUAAGCUCUGGCACCGAAUGGAAUGGUCCAGGAGGCAGAGUAGCCGGAAGCAUCGGCAGGGUCGGUGAUUUCGGUUGGGGAAAGAGGCUUGGUGGCGUUGAAAAGGCCCAUGGCGGUGAAGAUGACUGUCAUGCUGUUGUCGUGGCUAAAAUCAGCGUAGAGUGGCAGACCGAGUGGGAAGGUCUUGGGGUUGUCGUCUAGUUCGUGAUCAACGGUUGUGUUGUCUCGGACAGGCGAAUUGGUUAGUCGGGCAAUGAGUUCGUUGACAUAGCCGAUUCCGGGAGCAGGGCCAAAGGAGUUCCCAGGUCCGUGGCCGUAAAACUUGCCCAGUGUCUCAAGGUAGUCAUAGUGACGGAACUCUUCGUGUGAGAAGAGAUGGCAGAAUGGAGAGAGCUUGCUUGCAUCCGGAGUGCGGGCUACAGUGUCAAAGGGGCACAUGGCCAUCAGACUCUUGAUGUCUCCAAUCUUGAUGUUGGCUCCUGGUAGCUUCUUGUUGACUCUGUCCACAAUAGGCUGGGUAAAUGUGCUGCGGAACUGGUCGGUAACCUUGUCCGCCGUCUUGUCGUUAUCAAAUGCAUCACAGCCUUGGGGAGCAAUUGGGUUCUUCCGGCGAUCCUCUUCGCUAAUGAUGAGAUCGAGCUUGGUGGCCCCGCCUUUCUCACUUCCUUUAGCCUUAUUGAAGCCCUCCACAAACUUGUGGGCUGAAGCAACCACCCGCUCAGAGCCUGCGGAUCGGACAAAGACCUUGGAGUCCUUAGUCAAGCCCUGGUACCGUUGGAGGAACUUGAUGCCAGAGUCAUACAGCUGGCUCUCGCCAAAGGGAGUCAGGUCAUCAGCUCCAAGGGUAUACUUGUAGUCUUUUAGGAAAGCAAACUCGUCCUUGAACUCGGUGGCAUCUUCCUGGAUACGCUUAAUCAGAGCAGAGUAGGUGGCGCUCUUGUCUGCUGUAGGGAACCGGGCGCCAUGGCGCUGAAGAGAUUGCGCGAAGGUGAUCUUGCAGCCCGGAGGAAUAGCUGACGAGAUGACAGAGCGUCCUUCCAGAGAGAAGUAAGGGGAAUACUGGCCCCAAAACUGAGAGUACUGCGGGAAACAGCCAUA